GUAUCAACAUUGGGGUUUGAUUGGCUAUAUAUCAAGUCUUUACUUAAUUUGUAAAUACAAAAACAUUAGCAAGAAAUAACAAAGCUUAGUUUACUGGAGCUGGGAGAUGAAUAGCGAGCUCGUCCCUCUAGACGUUGUUAGUCUACAUGGAGGCGCACUUCCGUCCCCCAGAGCUCGGUUUAGGGGAGCAGGUGCAGGGAAGGGGACUGAAGCGUCACCUCACAUAAAGCAACAUAGGCCUGUUUGAUCUACAGCAGCGUUUAUUUCAUACCUUUACGCUGGCUCGGAAGAUGGUAGCAAAACAGAGAAUCCGGAUGGCAAACGAGAAGCACAGCAAAAACAUCACCCAGAGGGGGAACGUGGCGAAGACCCUGCGACCACAGGAGGAGAAAUAUCCGGUGGGGCCAUGGCUUUUGGCACUCUUUGUAUUUGUUGUUUGUGGAUCAGCCAUCUUUCAGAUAAUUCAGAGUAUCCGAAUGGGAAUGUGAUUUUUGGGGGACUGGACACAAUCUGAAGACGGACUGAUCGGUGAAAUCUGUUUGUGGGUCAGAGGCUUGUAUGCUGAGCUGGAUCUAGUGUACAAUACUACAUGACAUUGUCACACAUGUUUACAGUGUCCCUGGAGGAAGGGAGCACAUGCUUUUCUACAAAACCAUUGUUGUUGUUGACUCAUCUUAUCAUUUUUGUCAUAUUUAUUUGUUUGAUUGAUGAUUGCCAUGAUCUAUUUCUCUAUUUAACCGUGUUUGCGUGAGCCUUUUUCAAAUAAACGUCAAACACAUUUGGAUAA